AUGAUCCAAUUCAGGAAUGUGUUGUUUUUGUGGCUCAUCACAGCAGCCUUGGUCGGUGCUGAUCAGAUUUUGAGGCUGACGUUACCUCCACCGGCGGUUUCGAGGUAUUACAUUCACAUAGUAAAUGGACUAAGCAAAUUCGAUAUGGUUGUGCACUGCCAGUCGAAGGACGAUGAUUUGGGGUAUCACCAUUUGGUUAACCAUGGAGAUGAUUACCAAUGGAACUUUAAUGUGAACUUUUGGGAAACAACCCUGUUUUGGUGCAAAUUGGAGAAGCCAGAUGCGUAUGUUUCUUUUGAAGUCUUUUGGCCCGAGUCCAAAAGCACCUGGCUCCGUGAUAGGUGUGGGACUCAAGGUACUUGUAUUUGGACGGCUAAAGAUGAUGGAAUUUAUUUGAGAAACAUGCCGGCUAAUGUUGAUGAGUUUGUUCACAAAUGGAUCUCUACUAGAUAA